UCCUAAACGGACUAACGAGGCCUCCGCAUAGUCGAUCCCCCGAAUUCACCACAAUAUGAAUAGGUCACGACGCCCCCUGCGCACGUUAGUAAUGACCCCUUUGCUUCUCGCCCCUUCUCCUUCCGCUCUCUAUUAUAUCUCUCUCUCCCCCCCGCUGAACCCCCUUUUUUCCGUCCGCCAUUGUAUUCCAUCUACAGAUCUCGCGCUUUCUCCUUCCCUCCCGCUGUUUUCCCUUUCUUUUUGCUCAAUUUUGAUAAGGGUUUCAUCCGAUUCCAGCCGCUCUAGAUCCUUUUCAGCAUAGAUGGAACAUUCCAUGGAAGAUUAUGAGGGGUAUGAAGAAUAUGACGAAUAUGAAGAUGAUGAUCAAAUGGAUGAAGAACAGGAGGAGGAAUAUGAAGAGGUGGAGGACCCUAAGCCUACCAAGGAAGAAAUAGAAUAUCUUGAAUUAAGGCAAAGACUAAAAGAAAAAAUUAGAAGGCAGUCGAAAAAAGACGGCAGCUCUCACUUGAAGUCCAAUGAUAGGAAGAAGCUUCCUUAUGACAAUUUUGGGUCAUUCUUUGGACCUUCUCAACCUGUCAUUUCUCAAAGAGUAAUUCAAGAAAGCAAGUCAUUAUUAGAAAACCAGCACUUGGCAUCUAGGGUUUCUGACCACGUUCAUGGUAAUAAGAAGAGCCAAGGUUCAAACAGUGUAGCCUCCAAACCUAGGGUUCCACCGAAGGUUGUAAAUGAGAAGCAAACUAAAGUUCAAAAGCUAAAGGACACCAGGGACUACUCCUUUCUAUUUUCCGAGGAUGCAAAUGUUCCUGCUCCUACAAAAGAGUCCUCAAGAAGUGUUUAUGCUCCAAGUACUGAGGCACGUUCAGCUCAGGUUCCCAUGAAAAGUAAGCAGCCUCUUGGUAAUCCUCGCCAGAAUAUUCAUGCUGGUCAUAAAGAUAAGAAAUCUGUUCCUAUCAAUGGGCAAAUGCAGUCCAAAAACAAGUCAGGAUCUUCUGGCAAUCCGAAUUUGUCUAUGAUGAAGGCUAAGAAACAAUUGGGUAAUAGCUGCAACGGAAAUGGUCCUGGUCGGCCAAUGGGAAAUAACAAUGGGAGUGGUCCUGGUCGGCCAAUUGGAAAUAGCAACAAUGGGCAUGGCCCUGGCCGGCCGAUGGGUAAUAGCAGCAACGUGAAUGGUCCUGGCCGGCCACUAGGUAAUAGCAACAAUGGAAAUGGUCCUGGUCGGCCAAUGGUGGCACCAAAAGCCUCAUCUGCUGUCAUGCAGAAGAAGCCUUCUCUACCAGGUACAAAGAAUUCUGCACCUGGUGUGCACAAGCCAUUGCCGUCAAAAAAGCUAGAAGAUAAGAGGAAUGACAUGCGCCCACCUGCUAAGGCCAAAGUAGCACCGAGUCGGCCAGUAUCAUCUUCAAGACCUCAGAUUAGUAAGGCACCGACACAAAGACAAGUUCCAUCACGUCUGGCUGUGAAUGAUCAGCGACCGAAGAAGAGGCCUGCAAGACGAUACUCUGAUGAGGAGGAUGAUGCAGAGGGUGAUGAAGCGAUUAGUCUAAUUAGAAAAAUGUUCGGAUAUAAUCCUGCAAAAUUUUCCCGUGAUGAUGAUGAUAGCGAUAUGGAGGCCAAUUUCGACGAUAUUGUGAUGGAGGAGAAAAGAAGUGCAAAAAUAGCAAGGAAGGAGGAUGAAGAGCAACUUCGUCUGAUCCAGGAAGAAGAAGAACGGGAGAGGCGUGCGAGAAUAAAAAGGCUUAAAAGAGCGAAGGGCAGCAGUUAGUGAUAUAUUCUUUUGGGAAAGGUUUAUAUGGGUACUAGAUUUAAUAUUUGUUAAUUUGAUGAAAUCAUCGAAGAAGUCCCCGCUUCGCCUCAAAUCACAGUUUGUUGUAAUUUCAUUUUCUUUAGUGCAAAAAGCUGUUGCUUAAAUUAUGGGGAUUUCCUUUUUGUAGAUUGCAAAAUUUAAUUUUUAACUUCCCAACAACAUUGAAGUCACCCUGUAUUUACCCGAUGGCUCCUAUGGCGAUCCAAUUCACAUUCCAUUUCAAUAA